AUGACGAACAUCGCUGGCGCCGCAAGGUCGAGAUCCUACAUCUGUGAGCGCUGUGGCCGAGCCUUCUCUCGCUCGGAGCAUCUCAAUCGCCACGUUCUAGCGCAUGAUAAGCGGAAGCCGUUCCGAUGUAGUGGAUGUGGCACCAGCUACGGCCGUGCAGACGUCCUCCAUCGCCAUACCAAAAAGUGCCCCGACCAUCUCAGACAGGUAGCCGCAAAACACAGCGACUUGCUUGAGCAUGACCAAAGUGACAAUCAGACUGGCGUCAGUCGAGGGUAUGGUUCAAAUGACCUCCACCAGCAUGGCAUGGCUCUGGACGCCGGAACAGCGCAACAGUCCGUAAAUUAUUCAGACUUCGCCUUCGACAAUGAUAUGUUUCUCGAGGACACCUUGUUAUUCCAAUUCAAUUACAACCAUUCCGGGCUGACCAUCCCGUCGACACCAAACCAGCCAAGUACGUCCCUGCCGAUGAUACCGGAGAGCAGCAUCAAUCCACUCCAGUUAGCCACCCCCGAAUCCGUGUCUGAUGUCCGCUCGGUAACGGCAGUCCACAACGCCCUUCAGAUUACGCUCGAUGAACUCCAAAUCUUCCACAGCAGUAUCAACGAAGCCGACCCCGGUGGAGUGCUCAAGCAGUUCAGACGGCCGAGCUUGUCGCGCACGUUACGAUGCCUAAUUGCAUACUAUCAGCACUUCGACCUCCACACCCCCAUUGUCCACUUCGCUUCUCUCAAGAUCUCUGACGCUCACCCCGCCUUGAUCCUCAUCAUGCUUGCGAUAGGGGCGGUGCACCUGUCGGAGCAGAAGUUUGCAGAGUCGGCCUAUGAGGCAUCGUGUCUGCUUCUUGCUCAGCACGAGACGCAGGCCAUUCAGGCCCACGACACUGGCUUCCAUUUGUGGUACGCUCAGGCCGCGGUGCUUUGCGCACAGUUUGGCGCGUGUACAGGUGACCCCCAUCUGUUUCAUCGGGCCCAAAGCCAUCUUUUCGCCGUCCAGAAUAUUGUUUACCGAGGUCUCCCCGAAAUCGAAGAGCGACGAAAGAUAUCCGUGGACAGCUGGGCAACAUGGAUCUUCGCAGAAUCCUGCAGCCGCGUUAUUUCUUGGAUGUUCAUCGUCUCAGCCAUGUGUUUGGCCCUGGAUCCUUCCGCUGUCACGAUCCUGCCACCUAUGCCUUGCUCUAUGCCGCCACCAUCAGACGAGUCUGCGUGGCAUGCAGUGUCAGAGCCUGAAUGGCGCUUCGCACUUCAGAUGAAUCCUCCAAUCGGCAAUGUUGACUUAUGGACGCUUACCAUUUCUGUCAUGGUUGGUGAAACGCCUGAAAAUUGCGGUCCUAUCAGUGCUUUUGCCCUGCUGGCAAUCAUGGGCGCUAUACUGGCCACAAUUUGUACCAAGCAACGACUCAGUAUGGACAUCUACGACCCGUUCAAUGGAGAGCGCAAGAGGAUGGAAAAAGCCAUUGCAACCUGGGAGGGUCUAUGGCGCCGUCAUCCACGAGCCGAGCGUAACAUGACCAGGCUAGACCAUCCUCUUCUGAAUGAUUGUCUAUCCCUUCUUGGGUCGUCAUACUACCAUCUGUAUCUCGGCCAGGAAUUGGACACACUCAAAAAGAUAGCCAACAACCCUCGCAGCGGACUCUCCCUACCACCCUGCCAGAACAGAAGCCGUGCUCUCAAAGUCAUCAAGUUUGCGGCAAAUUCGUGGUUGGUCCGCGCCAAGCUGGGCAUCACUUAUCUGAACAAGACGGGUGGGCUCGAGCUUGGAUCACAGGCGUUUAUCACGGCCUACGAGAGUGCCCUCAUACUGGCCUGGUGGUUGAACUGUCGCGGACAGGGCCAAGAACGGGGUGAAGAAGAAACAUCGAGUACAGAGGAUGACCGUGCCGCUGCAGCGGUCGUGCAAAGACUUUUUGAUGAUAUACUGAACGAGCUCGAUGAACAGGGCGUGUCCUAUGAUGAGUCAGGAAACCCCGUCCUCAGCCCCGUCGAUUUCUACCUGUCCGUGCUUGAUGGUCGGGUUUGGCGGUGUGCCACGAUCAUGGAUAAGCGUCUUCGAGACUUUGCUUCUGUUCUCAAACAAUCAAAUUAA